UCCUGACUAAAUCGGAUUUAAAUACAUUUAGUUAACCGUUGUGAUCCGGGUUUUAACAGGUUUUACUGUAUAUACGUUGUGCAACAGAGCGGGGUAUUUUACCAGACGCAGUUAGAACGUUUGAAAUCUUGGAGAAGACCAGCAGAUAAAAAUGAAUGGUCCGAGUUUGAUUUUCUUCAGUUUGUUGUGUCUGUACCUGUAUACACCUGAGUCAGAUUCGCUAUGGUGUUACCAGUGUGCCAGUGUUAAGGAGGGGCAGGACUGUCAGAGCGACUAUAAGGGGAUGAACAAGUCCGCCCUGACCAUGGAGGGAAAGUACGCCAAGGAUUGUUCUAAACAGUUUGUUGGUCAAGACGACUCCACCUACAAGUGUGUGAUAGAGACUCACAUGAAGGAAGGAGGAUAUUUUCUCAGUUUUCGCCGAGACUGCUCCGACGGUGUUCACUUCUCUUACAACCUCUUGACCAGUACUCCGAACAUCAGCCAUCUUCAAAAUCUUCUACCAAACAACCAAUCAGCAUGCGCGAUUUAUGGCGACCUAGUGGUUUGUCUCACGCUCUGCGAUGAUGACUUCUGCAACGGCCCGAGACCGAACCAGACCUCGAACGAUACCUGUGUGCCGAAAUAUUAUUACAACGGAACGGAAAAGGUAACAUGCGGUUCGAUUGGUCAUCUGUAUGCCCGAUACCCAACAGUGUUCGGGAUUGUUAUAGACGGAAUUGUGGGAAAUUUCUUAACGGCGCCAUUGCUCUUGUGUUUGUUGCUUGCGUUAGUUUUACACUGACAUUUAAAAGACACAUGAUUGUCAAGAAAAACAAUAUUCUGACAGAAAUAAGAUUUUAUUGUCACCCUGUUGCUGAAGUGUUCGUUAGUUGAUAAUAAUAAUAAUUAUAGAAAAGAAGGAAGGCAGGAAAUGUUUUAUUUAACGACGCACUCAGCACAUUUUAUUUAUAUGGCGUCCUACAUACAUGUAUGG